AUGUUCUACAGUCACGAGAUUCUCACCAGCCAUCGAUAUGGUGUGGCAACAGUGUGGCUCGUCGCCACAGUAGGCGUCAAGUCCAACACAAGGAAGUUGAGUAAGAAGGCGAUCCAGGAUGUCAACGUUGCGAAAGCUUGUGAGACCAUCGGUGAGCCGCCUGGCGCGCCCAUCGCGCUGCGACUCCAGGGCAAUCUCCUCUAUGGCGUGUCUCGUGUGUACUCGCAGCAGUACACCUAUCUGCUCACUGAUGCGGAGAAGGUUCAGUUGCACAUGCGAACCUUCUAUCGCGCCUGGCAGACCAAUGAAAUUGAUCCUGAAGCAGGCAAGACCAAGCGCGGCCAGCUAAUUCUUCUGGAUGAUCCGGACUUUAUUCCAGACAUGAACCUUCCAGAAUUCGAUUUCGACAACAAUGGAAAUCUUGUUCUGCCCAAUCUAAGCCAGCGCUCGGGUAAGACAUCGUCUCAGCUGUCUCCUUUGGAAGCCAGUCGUACUCCGGACGCUCCUUUCAUUGAUCUUCGCAUCCGCCAUUCUUCCAGUCUGAGUAGUUUGAACCUUGCUUCUCCUUUCGGAGGCGACGGUAAAGCAGCACAACAACAAGGCGACGAUCUAAUGCCAAUGGUUUUUGGAGACGAGGAAGAAAUUGCUUUUGGCGAUUUCGGUUUGGCAAUUGAUGAAGAUAGUAACGUCAUCGAAGAGCCUGAACUUCCUGCUCAAAGACCUGUACAGCCAGAAGGCGAGAACGAGCUUGUCUUGCCCGAAAGUGGUGGUCAAGUUCAGCAGCCAGACGAGGAAGGAGCACCCAUCGUGGACUUUGAUGGCGACAUUCAGAUGAAUUUCGGCGAAAACCCUCUUCCUGAUGCGGAGGCACUGCCCGCUCGAGCACAGAAGGGAGCCACCUUUGAGGAGCUGAGUUCGGAAUCCGCAGUCGCUCCCUCUCGCAGAGCUCGUCGUUCCAAGGCUCCCAAGCUGGACCAGGGCGAUUCAAGAGUCAGCCGGAUGGAGCUCAAGAGUUGGAACUCGGAUUAUCUAGCCAAUAUGGAGCAGGCCCGCAACACGCACAAACAAAUCUCGGCAGCUCUAGCCAAGAAAAAUGCCUUCAACCUAACAUUUGGUCUCGGCAUCGCAAACAUUGGCGGACCUUCAUCGAUUCCGGAAUUUGUUCACCCCCUCACCGAGAUUUUCGCGGGCCAAGAACUUCAAGCACGCAUCCUUGGACGGCCAGUCAUUGAUGAGGAAGCGACUUCUAAGAACGGCCGUCGCCGUUCAGCAUCGUUAGCUUUUGAGGAGGAUGAAGAGGCGCAGGAGCGUCGAGUACGACUCAAGAUGGACGACGGUAGCGAGCAGCAAGGCCGAGCAUCUCAAGAUGCUCAAAUCGAGGACAACGCACUCGUGUUCGACAAUGAGCCUGAAGUCGGUCGUGAUCCAGGAUCCGCACUUUCCGACAUGCUAUCGUCAGUGCCUUGGAACCGGCGCGCGUCCGCCGUGCCAUCUUCUGCGCAGAGUCAGAAGAGUGCUCAGGCCCGUCUUGGCCGCCAUGUUGAGGGCAGUCCGCUCGUUGGUCGAGGAAGCAUCCUCCCGGAAAUUGAACGCUUCAGCGACAACAUUCCCGCAUUUGGCUCAGAUGGUUUCAGUCUCUUGCCUGAGCAAGGCUCAUCUUUCUCGGAGUUUGGACCAGCGGCUGGAGUGAACACGCAGGAAGCCCAAACCUCACAGUUCAUGAGACAGGCCUUGGAUCGAGAGGGUCGCAACUUUCUGGGUUUCGUACAACGUGUGGCGAAGGAGGAUGGUGACGAUCGACAGGAUCCUGACCACCCUGACCGUCGAUGGAUUGAUUUUGACGCCUUAAUCCGGGCGCCUGAUAAUACAAAAGCGGUUGCAGCACAGGCCUUCUACCACGUCCUUUCCCUCACAACGAAAGGGGCGCUGAAGGUUGAGCAGGAUGGCGCUGAGGACAUGGAGCCGUUUGGGCCGAUCAAGCUGGGCAUUACUGUCCCAAAGGAGGACGAAGACGGCCGUGCGGAAUACCCGGACAUGUAA